GUUGUCUGUGGUUUGAGUAACCGAGUUGUCGUCCGCAUGUUGCGCGGAAUAAAUAGAUUUUUGUUUUAGAGUGGUAUCCUAAUUAUUAAUAGAUAACAUAAAGCAAUUGAAAAUAUAAUUACAGCUAUUUUAAUUUAAAACUAUGUGUGCGUUUUAUCAGUGAUGAUUAUUAGGGACACAAUCAGUGCAAUAUAGUUGUCAAAGUCGAUAUGACGUCUUUGAGUGGACCAAAUAUCAACAAACACGCCGCUAUGUCUACAGCUCAGCUGGGAAGCGGAAACCAACCUGCAAAUUUCGGUAUGGCUGUUGCAGUGCCUCCACCGCAAGCCAUGCCUGUUGGAUAUCCACUGCACACAGCUAGCUGCAGCGAUUCUUCAUCAGAAUCCCAUUCUCCUGAAAUGCCAUCAGCCAAAGCCAGUGAUCGAGAAUCGAGGAUUAUUGCAGAGAAACAACGGAGAAGUCAAUAUAAUUCUCAUAUAACACAAUUAACUGCACUGUUAUCAGAUAUUGUUCAUGCUCCCCGAAAAGUAGACAAAACAAGCGUGCUAAGACUCGCCGCAAAUAAGCUACGCAAUGAGCAUGUAUUUGGAGAUACUAUUAAAUGCGGCCACAUUGAGACAUGGUCCUCAUCUUUCGUCAGGUUUUUUGAUCUGUUCGGCAGUAUAUUGUUUUCUGUUACUUGCCGUGGAAGAAUAUUCCUUAUAUCUCCAAAUGUGCAAGAAAAGUUAGGUUACUGUCAUGUUGAUCUCUUGGGACAAGAUUUCUACAAUUAUGUCCAUAAUGAUGACCAAAAUAUUCUACGACAACAUAUUUACCCUCCAGAACUACGCAGUGGCUGUGAACCGAGACUUUUUGAGCAGCAUAAAAAUUUUCAUAUUCGGAUAACGCGGGCUGGGGCAAAAGCCGAUCCACCUCGUUAUGAGCAUUGUCGUAUAGAUGGUGUGUUAAGGCGCUCUGACCAUGCUACAGCAAAUGGAGUUCAGGAUCAACAAAUUAUCAGAAGGCAGCGUGUGAGAAGAAUUCGUACUUUUUCAUCUAGUGGCAAUGAUUUUGUUUUUAUUGGCAUGAUAAAAGUUUUAUCAAACUCCUUGCCAACUCAGAUUUUACCUCCAACUGCUUAUUCAGAGUAUUGGACGAGACAUUUAGUUGAUGGACGAAUUGUACAAUGCGAUCAAAGUAUAUCUUUGGCUUUAGGGUACAUGACAGAAGAAGUCACUGGCACAUCUGCAUUUGUAUUUAUGCACAAAGAUGACGUAAGGUGGGUAAUAUGUGUUUUGAGACAAAUGUAUGACCAAAGCAGGGAAUUUGGUGAGUCUUAUUACAGGCUGAUGUCUCGAUCUGGUCAUUUUAUUUAUAUGAGAACACGUGGAUUCUUGGAAAUAGACAAAGAUUCAAAGAAAGUUCAAAGCUUUGUGUGCGUCAACAGUGUUGUUGGAGAAGAUUAUGGUCGGCAAAUGAUGGAUGAAAUGAAACGCAAAUAUUCUGUCAUUGUGGACAUGGCUAAGCAAGAACCAGAGAAUGUAGACUUUAUAGAUGAAGCUCCUGUAGAGCAUCCCAAACGGUUGGAGAGAAUUGUAAUGCAUCUGGUUGAGCCAUCAGGUGGUGAUAGCGCUGAUGAAUUAAAAUUACUGCCACCUUCAAAAGAAAACAUAAUUUCUGCUAUCAAAAAUAGUGAAAAGGUUGUUCAAGAAACUGGAGUGAGGUUCGAUUCACGUAAAAGAAAAAAUCCGGAUAGUGAUAAUAGUGACCACUUAAAACGGCACAGUGGAUUGCAGGACUACAGCCACUUCUGAUCAGUGACAGACUCAUUGUAAGUUUUGUGAUUUUGUGUUCCUACAUAAAUAAGUUUUGUUACUAGUCUGAAUUAACAGACGCAUAGAAGUGUGACCAAAUUGUUGAUAUUAACUAAUGAAUUUAGAAAAAGAAGUGUUUUUAUGUUUUAUCAUGUUUGGUCAUUGCUGAUGAAUAAAUCUCAACGACAUGACUGUUAAUCAUAGGUAAUGGCAUGUUACUGGGGGUAUGGAUACAAAUAACAACAACAGAUAUAGGAGUGGUGGAAGGGCAAGUUAUUUUUGGGAUGCUGAAAUAAAAGGGCCUAUUACUAAUAAAACAAUAAAAACUAG